AUGGUUUGGUACACUGAAACUACAGUCCAGUUACUCAAUGAACUAAUGCGUAGCAGGGAAGAUAUCCUAAUGUUAGUUAAAGAACAAUUGGAGAUUGCAAGUAACAGAAUGAAACAAAAAGCAGACAAGCACAGAUCUGAAAGAGUUUUUGAAGUUGGGGAUUCUGUUUACCUAAAGCUGCAACCUUAUCGCCAGACGACACUAGCACUGAGAAAGAAUUUAAAAUUAGCAACAAAAUACUAUGGGCCAUACAAGAUUACAGAGAGAAUCGGGGAAGUUGCUUAUCGUUUGAGCUUACCUGAGACAUCGAGAUUGCAUCCUGUCUUUCAUGUCAGUCUUUUGAAGAAACAUGUUGGAGACUCUGUCGUUUCCUCUACGGAUCCUCCUGCCAUGGAUAUAGAUGAUCAGUUUCGAAUAGAACCAUACAAAGUUUUGGGAAGAUGA